UCGAAGGAAAAGGGAAAUUUUUCAUCACUUCGAAGUUCCUGUAUAGGAGAAAGCUUGAAGUGCGCACAAUACACAGAACAAGUCUGAAAACGUAGCUCUGUAUUUCACACGAAGUUUACCUUUGGAGCAUGCGCAUAGGCCUAUGGAACGAGUAAAGAAUAAGCAGAGAUAAGGCAUUUUGGUUUCCGGAGCAGGACUACGUGGGUUAUACCUUUUAGCUGCAGGAAGUCGAUUUGCCGAUUUUCAAGAUGGUGCUUACCGGUUGCGCCAACUGUAUGAAGUACUUGCUCUUCAUCUUCAAUCUUCUUUUCUUUCUUUCCGGGGGAACAGUGUUAGCUGCAGGCGCCUAUCUCUUCACGCGCGAAGGCCCGUUCGCCACCCUCCUCCCCAGUUUCCCGUUCCUGAAUGCGGCGACUGUGACCAUGAUUGUGGGCGGGGUAAUCAUGCUCGUAUCUUUUCUGGGAUGCUGUGGGGCUAUUCGCGAGAAUGCCUGCAUGGUGUUUACAUAUUUUGUCCUGAUGUCUGGUAUUCUGAUCGUUGAGAUGAUAGCGGGCGGGCUAGGCAUCGCUAAUAGGAAUCAGGUGGCAGCGUUCGUGGAGAAGGACCUAACCCAGAACGGCCUGCCGCUGUACGGUACGGUGGGGCAGCAGGGACUAAGCACGGCAUGGGAUCGAAUGCAAAACUUCUUGUUGUGUUGCGGUGUUACCAAUGCGACGGACUGGCAGCAGUUUCAUCCGCGAUUGUACGGGCGGGGGCAGACGCCUGAUUCAUGCUGCGUGACGCACAUAGGAGGCUGUGGUAUUGACCCGCUGGCGGACAAAUGGGAUAGGGGUUGUAAGGACGCUUUGGUUGAGGAACUACGGAGGCACAUAGGGGCCGUCGGAGGCAUUGGAAUUGGCGUGGGUGUAUUUCAGAUUCUUGGCAUCGUCUUCGCCUUCAUCAUGUGGAGGUCCAUCCGGAACGAGCACGGAUCAACCUACGUGUAAACUGCACCCUCUGUCGGCGGAGGUAUAAACAGCGCCAACUGUAAACAGCGCCAACAACUGGUGGCCUGGAUGUGAAACGGCGGGAACUCUAAAACAAAAAAAAC